AUGACUAUGCUCCUUGACAGCGGUCCGCAGUUCCCAUCGCUAGGAGUGGGGGGUUUCGGAACACCGCGACACCAUGAGAUAGGGAACAGAGACCCAGGUUUGGGACUCAAUCCCUUCGCUGAUUCAUCCCACUCUGCAGCUUUCAAACUCAGCCCGGUGGCUCACGAUAUAGCCUCCAGUCAGACUUCAGCUUUUACCCCGCAAGCCAGUGGAUAUGCAGCUGCCCUGGGACACCAUCACGGCGGACAGGUGGGUUCGUACGGCGGUGGACCGUUCAAUUCAACCCGGGACUUUCUAUUCAGAAACCGUGGCGUUGGAGAGUCCGCUGCAUCGAGUGCCCAGCAUGGGAUCUUUGCCGCUUCUGCGGGGAGCCUGCAUGGACCCCCUGGAAUCUCCGAUAACCCAGGACAUCUGUUGUUUUCAGGGCUCCAUGACCAGGGCGUGAGCCAUACUUCACCAAGCGGACAUGUAGUCAACAGUCAAAUGCAUCUUGGUUUACGCGGGGACAUUUUUGGAAGACCCGACCCAUACCGUCCGGUCGCCAGCCCUCGGACAGACCCCUAUGGCGCUCAGCUCCACAACUACAACCACCCAAUGGGAAUGAAUAUGGGGAUGAAUGUGCCAACACACCACGGUCCUGGGGCCUUCUUUAGAUACAUGAGGCAACCCAUAAAGCAAGAAAUGUCCUGUAAAUGGAUAGAUGAGAACCAGAUGAACCGACCCAAAAAGACUUGCGAAAGGACUUUCAGCACAAUGCACGAGAUGGUGACGCACGUCUCCAUGGAACACGUUGGCGGCCCCGAGCAAAGUAACCACAUUUGCUUCUGGGAGGAUUGCCCGAGAGAGGGGAAAUCUUUUAAGGCCAAGUACAAACUCGUGAACCACAUUCGAGUGCACACUGGAGAGAAACCAUUCCCCUGUCCAUUCCCUGGUUGUGGAAAAAUAUUCGCCAGGUCGGAAAAUUUGAAAAUUCACAAAAGAACACACACAGGUAAUUUACUUUUCUCAUGUUUGCUGACAAAAAGCCACACGUUUACGUUGCCUAUCCAUAUACCACUAUUUUCGUUUUGCAGUAGGCCUAUUGCAUUGGAAAGAGAAUAGGCAUAUUGUGGAGAGAUUGUUGCAUUUUAUAGCUUAAUGCAAGAGUGAAGGCCGCAAUUUGGUUUCUAGUUUAGACUGGGAUAGAUAACAAAUAUGUUGGAACGAAAAUAUCCAUAAUAUUAUUUUAUGCAAUGAAGAUUGCAUUUGUUGAAGGAAUUGAUAGCCUCAUUUAGGCCUAUCUCAAUAUAUAUUAAAUGUGCAUAUUUUGACGUUGGCAUGUGUGGACAUAUUUCUCUAUUAGAGAAGCUAUUCUGCACGCUCUCGAGGUGUUGAUCGAGUUGUGUGUGUAUUAAGAGAGAGACGGACACAUACUUUCUCAAAACUAAAGUGUGAGUGAAGUAGCCUAACUACAUUAGGAUGGACUCCCUUUUUUUGCUGGGCUAUAGGCUACUCCAUCCUACAAAUCAGUGCAGCAGUUGGGUAGUAGCAUUGUAGCCUAGGCAAACACACUUCGACAAAGCAUACAACCAUUGUCUAAUAUCAAAGUACAUACUACAUCAAACCCUACAAUAGCAUUCACUGCACGUUGUUGUGUAGCUUAACAAAUGUAGGCCUGUAUUGAACACAUGCAUGCUAUUGCUAUUCACAGGGCAGACUUCAUCAAUGGUGAACAAGCCAGCAGAACAUCUCUCCUCAAGAGCAUGUUGAGUUUGCAUAUGUCGUGGUGGUAGGCUAAUCAAUCUACUGUGUAUAGGGGUUAAUUCAUUGUGUUUCUUCCAUCUUGCAGGUGAGAAGCCGUUUAAGUGCGAAUUUGACGGCUGUGAUAGACGCUUCGCCAACAGCAGUGACAGGAAAAAGCACAUGCACGUGCACACUUCUGACAAGCCAUACAUCUGCAAAGUGUGCGACAAGUCCUACACGCACCCCAGCUCUCUCAGGAAACACAUGAAGGUAAUUAACGUGUUAAUUACACCUUAAACACAUUAAUCAAUUGACCCAGCCUGGCUAAUCAAAGCAUCAGCCCCAAAACAGCAUCAUACUCAGCUGAAAGUUUUCACUGCUAUUUCACUAGGUUGGAGUGUAGUAUAAUGUUAAUUUCCCAAAUAUUACUACUUACUAGGAGGCUAAGUUUGAUAAGCAAAUUACGCUGCAAGCCUGCAAUAUAAUAGCAAUUUGAUAGAUCAAAGGGUCAAUUGUAAAUAGCUUGUGUUGAGUGUGUAUCAGUGGGUAACAUAUUCAACGUUCUUCUCCAAGCUAUAGGCCUAUAUAUAUAUAUAUAUAAUAUAUCAAUAUAUCAUAGGUAACUCCUCAUGUAUUUAUUAUUAUUAUUAUUAUUAUUAUUAUUAUUAUUAUUAUUAUUACAGGUACACGAGUCUCAAGGUUCUGAGUCCUCUCCAGCAGCAAGUUCUGGAUAUGAGUCGUCCACACCACCAGUUCUGGUGUCAGCGAACACUGAAGACCCAACAAAAACACCACCGUCAGCCGUGCAAAACACAUCUGGGCACAGCGAUGCAGGACUGCCACCCAACUUUAAUGAAUGGUACGUUUGAAGUCAGAAGCAAGCUCUCAUGUGGACCAAGAGGUUUUAGGUUUUAACGAAACCUUAAAAAGUACUCACACCAAGGUGUACACAAAAUGGGAUUGGAACAACACGAGGAGAUGAGAGCAAGCCAGUAGCAGGCCUCGUCCUUUCUCAGGAUUCGAAAUUUGACUUUUAUUCCGAGUUCGAAGAAAACAAAUAAAUCAUAAAUAAUGAAAUAAUACUUUCUAAGAAUAAAAAAAACAUGUUUUUUUCCUUUUUUAGUUUACAGAUUUCAGAUAAUUAUUUUAUUUUUCAUUUUAUGUAUUUUCUCAAAUUUUUAUUUAAAAAAUAAAGGAAAAUUAAGAAUAUUUCACGGUGUUUUGUAUAACGGUGACACACUACUGUCGCCUUUCAAUUGAUUGUUAAAACUUCAGACAGUCUUAAGAAACGUGCCAAAGUCUUUGUCUUGAACUUGAACAAAAAAUAAAUCAUAAAUAAAUAUAUACUCGUGAAUGUAUUUCCUUGUUUGAUGGGGUCGAAUCUGUUGUCAAUGUCUGUUUUCAGGUGGAGAAAUGUGGUAUUAGGUUACGAUUGUUACCGUUAAAUAUAACGUUGCCUUUUGUUAAUAACAUUGUAAAUACAUAUCCAUGAUGCCAUAUUUAUCAAUUUGUAAUUUAAUUAUGGGUAUAAGUUCUGAAACUUAAAUGAUAUUUAUGGAAAUGUUUUCUAACAAGACUGUACAGUUUUGGGUCAUAACCAGCUAGCAUUAAACAACUAUGAUCAACUAUAAAGCUCCAAUAUUGCGAUUGUAUCUUUUUUUUAACCAAUACAUGUGUCUUAUUUGGAUCUACGAUAUAGUCUAUAUAAAUAUUAUGGAUUAGUCUAUAUGAUGCUGAUUUUUCCAUCACUUAUUGUUUAGCUUGUGAGAGAGACCAUUGACAUGUCAAUCAUCUAUUCUGUAAAUCUGAAUUGUAAUCAAUUGAGGUGGCAAACUAUAUAAAACGGUUCUGUCGAUAUCCUUUUGGUCAAAUUAACUUUUUUGUGUAUUUGACUUUUAUAGAAUCAGAGAGUAGAGUUCAUUUGUAGCAUAAUUUCAGAUUCGAAAGAUCCAUCAGCCAUUGACAGAUGUUAUACCUAGUUCAUUCAUGACUUCCAAACCAAGGUGACAGUAUUUUGAGUAUUUCAAAUUCGGGUCAAAUACCCAAACAUAUGAGCCAGUAUUGGCAGUCCUUUAUAGUUCCAACAAUGUCUAUGUGCAAGUAUGUUUAAAUGUGUGCAUCGGCAACAAUGGAACUGUCACAACACAGUAUCUUCAAAAUAAAAGUUUUUUUGUCUGUCAGCUUGCAUUGUUUUAAAUGUAAUUAUUCUGUGUAACUAAGCGUGUUAUUUGUUAUAAGUACUGUGGUGUUGCAUAUAGAGCAGUUUGAUUACACAUUUGCUUGUUUUGUGUGAAUAACCUGUCGAGAAAACAUUUUUGUGUGAAUUAAGUCUAAGGAAUACUAAUAGAUAUAGGCUAUGUGGGUUGGGGAAAAUAUGUUCAGUGGCACAAAGAGUUACAGCAUUUCAUUGUAACCUAUUUUCAAGAAUUUAAUCUUAUGCAUACCACAAAAUAUAUUGUGCUUAUGAGAACGAUUUCAGACCACCAGCACUACUUUUAAAACAAAGUGUAAAAACAGUACCUCGUACGUGACAGUGAUAUAUAAAAUACGUUUAUUUAAAUAAUUUAAGGAAUAUAUGUUUUAUAUACUAUUUUCUAUACAUUAAUUUAAAAUAAAUACUUUUUUCUAAUUCCCACAACCCUUAUGCCCCCAUGGCCUGAAGUCGGAGCACAUUUCUGAUGUAGAAACGCAGCUAGAAUGUGAUGUUGUAACACUUUCUGGGAGAAAUGGGUCACACUCCAAGUUAUUCCUGAAAAGCAAAAUGUUUUACUGAUGAACUGUGUCACUGUGCCACAAUCGAGGCAAACGAUGAUACAACAGCAAGCCUAUUCCUUAUUUAGCGGGAAGAGACAAAGGUUCCUUGUACAACUUAAAGUAGGCUAUCGUUCGUUGGAUUGUUUGUUUUACCAACUAUUUAUGAAGAAAUGUGAAAAUAAAUUUUUGAC